CUAACAUUUUCCCAGCGUUCCUUGCGAGCGGCCUUUUCCUCUAUUUUUGAGACGGAGUCAGGUUUAUUUGACCUGGUCAAAGCAUCAUCAUGCCAGGAAGGUUGUGGAGCAAGGCCAUCUUUGCUGGCUACAAGCGUGGCCUGAGGAACCAGCGUGAGCACACUGCUCUGCUCAAGCUGGAGGGAGUCUACAACCGCGAUGAGGUCGACUUCUACCUGGGCAAGCGUUGUGCCUACGUCUACAAGGCAAAAAAGAACACCGCAACACCUGGCGGUAAACCCAACAAGACGCGCGUCAUCUGGGGUAAAGUCACACGGGCUCAUGGAAACAGUGGAAUGGUUCGUGCCAAGUUCAAGAGCAACCUUCCAGCGAAGGCUAUCGGGCACAGGAUUCGUGUGAUGCUGUACCCAUCUCGUGUGUAACCUGCUUUUGUGUACAGACAAUAAAAAAUUGGUCCAAAAA